AUGAAAAUUUUUAAUUUUUUAGACAAAAGUGAAAAUCAAUUUAAAAAUACAAUUGAAAAUAAUACAAUUGUAAAAUCAAUUGGAUUUGAUAUAAAUCAAAUCAAUGCAACAGUUAAUUCAAUGGUUAACAAGGGUAGUAAUCAUGUUUUAUUGGUAAAAUGGGACAUUGAAGGAAUUAAAAUUAGAUUGGAUGAAAAUGAUCAAAAAAGAAAUAGUAUUGAAACUUUGAGGGCCUCUGUUACAAAUUUCAUUUCAACUCAUUCCGGAAAAGAUGUUGGUGAAAGUGGUGAAUCAGUUUACUCUUUCCAUUCACACAAGGAUAUGAUGGACUGUUUGUUACGUUUGAAGCGUGAAUAUGGUUGGUUAUGUUUCUCCGAUCGUGCUGAACAUGGCAUUCGUCAUCCAGUUGUUCAUUGGGUUGGAAUAAUGAAAAUGGAAAAUAGCCAUGAAAUUUUUGACAUGACCGAUUUCAACUAUUAUUAA